AUGAGUUUCUUAGCCAAGUCUCUUAGGAAGCUGGCGAAAGUUGGCUCCUUCAAAUUACGCUUGGGAUCAACAAGGAUGCUCUCAGGAACAUCCAAUUCCAAUAAUCAUGCCGACGAGACAAAAAAAAACCAGCUAACGACUGAUAAGCCAUCAACUACUCAUUUCGGGUACAAAGAGAUCUUGUUGAAUCAAAAGGAGCGUCUUGUGGGAGAUGUUUUCAGUUCUGUUGCCAGCAAUUAUGAUCUUAUGAAUGAUGUGAUGUCUCUUGGGAUCCAUAGGCUCUGGAAAGAUCAUUUCAUCAAGAAGCUAGAUCCCGGAAUGCGCCCAGGAGGUGAACCGUUGGAAUUCAUUGAUGCUGCCGGGGGUACUGGGGAUAUUGCCUUUGGGUUGUUGAGACACGCAAAACAGCAUCAUUUUGAUACGAAAAGUAGAAUGACUGUGGUAGAUAUCAAUAACGACAUGUUAAACGAAGGGAGAAAGAGGUAUUUGGAUACGGAAUUUGUCACUGAAUCGCCAAACCGAAUCCAAUUCCUUCAACAAAAUGGAGAAGUCUUGGAUAAAAUUCCUGAUAACUCUAAAGAUUUCUAUACAGUUUCCUUUGGGAUCAGAAAUUUCACCAAUAUCCAACUGGGGUUGAAUGCUGCUUACAGAGUUUUAAAGCCAGGUGGGAUUUUUGCCUGUUUAGAGUUCUCCAAAGUGGAUAAUGAAUAUUUGAACUUCAUUUACAACAAAUACAGUUUCUCUUUAUUGCCAUUGAUGGGUGAAUUGGUAGCCAAUGAUCGGGCCUCAUACCAGUACUUGGUUGAAAGUAUCAGAAAGUUUCCUAGCCAGGAUGAAUUUUCUGGAAUGAUCAGAAAAGCAGGGUUUUAUGUUCCAGGAAAGGGCUAUGAGAAUUUGACGUUUGGUGUUGCUGCCAUUCAUAUUGGGAUCAAGAUUUAG